GCACGAACUUUUCGAGCCAGUACUGAAGGGCAGCCUGAAUGUCCCGAACCUGGACGGUCGCUACAAACUGGUCCUGACCAUAGACGCCAUCGACAAGAACAACGUGAAGCGACCGGUCACCGCCUGCACCGAGUUCCGGGGCAUCGUCAAAAGGUCCUAGUUUCGACAAUUAUAUAUGCAUGCUGACCUUACAGCGAAACCCCAUUAAAGUUAAUUAUCGAACAUGAAUAUCUGGUGGCAUUACUCGGGUUGGUUGCUUGGUUGGUUGGAUCAUCCUUUCAGUUCAUCAUGGAGUCCCCCAGCAAGAAGACGAAGGAAGCGCACGACUGGGAGGCGGAAGUGUGCCAGGAGUCGUCCAUCCACGGAAUGCCCUAUGUGGCCCGCAAGGAUCUGCACUGGUCCGAGCGCAUCUUCUGGCUGGCGGUGGUGGUCACAUCCGCCUACUACGCCAUCGACACCUGCCUGGCCCAGUGGCAGAGGUUCCGCAACAAUCCCAUCGUCUACGAGUACGAGUACCUCUCCGGGCUGCGAAACUUUACCUUUCUGGGACUGACCCUCUGCACCAACUACGAGGACGCGGAGCAGGUCGAUAUGCUCAUCAAAAUAAUCUGGGGAAUAGAUCCGGUGAAGGAUCCCACCAAGGCAGCCUACUACGAAAAGUUCCUCUACAUCCUGAACCGUCUGGAGUACACCAACCUGGACACACUGACGCCCUUUGAAAACGACUCCAGCCUGGACAACUUGGACUAUGUGGACAUGAUCCUCAAGCUGCAGUCGAAGGUUCUGCCGCCACCAUGGCCCAUCCUUCUGGCGCCGAUCAUCACGGAGGUGGGCUUGUGCCAGACCACCAGCCAGUUGUUUCACUUUGCGAAUCCCUAUGGGUGGGUCGAGACCCUCAAUGUAACUCCCGUGCGAGAAUGCGGUUUCUUCAACGACUGCCAGUUCAUGCACAAGCCCUUCAAUAGCAUCUUCACCCAUGUCUACAUGUACUUGCAUGACGUGAACGAGAUGAUGCUGCCCCACGACAGUCGCACUCUGACCUUCAAUGCCAAGACCAAGAGCUCCUAUGUCCUCAAGUUGCUGGUGAACUCCAUCUCGGCAGAUGGGGAGGUCCGGAACUUGCCGGUGGCCUACCGAAAGUGUCGCUACCACGACGAGAACAACCUCAAGUACUACUGGCCCUAUCAUCCCAGUCUGUGUCGCCUGGAGUGCCGCAUCGACUGGGCCCUGACCCUCUGCCAGUGCAAGCCCUACUUCUAUGCCGCCGGCCCUAAGGAUUCCAUUUGCAACAUCUCCGGAAUGCUCUGCCUGGCUCGGUCCAACUGGCUGGCCAAACCCUGUCAGUGCUUCCCCCUCUGCAAGGAGAACACCUACAGCAUCAUCGAGGAGUACGAGCAGAGCGGGGGCGACCAGAACUACGUGGGUGAGCAGUUCGAACGCACCAUCAUCAUCAAGAUGGACCUGCCCAAGAUGGGCAUGAAGCGGCGAGUGGUCUUCAGCACCGAUCAGCUAAUAAUGUCAUUUGGAGGCGCCAUUGGCCUCUUUCUCGGAGCCAGCUUCAUGACCAUCUACGGUCUGGUCAGCCUUUUUCUAACAUUUUUGGCCGAAAAAUGCAAAUGUGGCUCACGGGGCAAGAAAACCAGCCACCAGUAG